GAGUCGGACUGUAACACAUGUACCUGUUCAGACGGACAGGUGUGGUGUGCCAAGAUGUGGUGCGGUCCACCCGAGUGUCCCUAUGACGGAACAGCCGGUUGCCCUGACAACGGGGAGUGCCUGUCCGGUUGCCAGGGCGACAAAGAGUGCGCUCUGUCGCCCUGCCUGUCGGAACCCUGCGACAAGAGCGUCGGGCACUGCUCUACCCCUGUCAGCAGCGCCACCUGUCUGCCCAACGGAGAACUGUACAGCGCCGAUUGUACGAGGCUGGGAUUCUACUUGGAAACUGACAACAUAAACGAUGGUAUGACGUUGGAGCAUUUCUGUGACGUAGUCCGGUCCCUGACCUUGUUUGACCCUUUCGUGGUGCACCAUGGGAUGUGGAUCCGCUGUGAGCUGACGGGGUGGGACGGACCGGACGCCUACAUCACACUCUCAUUGGAAACGGAUAAGGAGACAGAGCAGAGUCUGACGGCGGUAGUCGCUGGUGGGGAUCUCUUGGAUCACAUCAAGGCCGAGAUGGCGAACCCGAACUCCACCAGCGUUUUUCACCACGUCAGACUGCCUACCCUUAGUCCUGAGAAGGUCGUGGGACCUGCAAAUAAAGGUCAGUACGUCUGUAGAUUCUUUUUCGAUAUAUGA